AAUAACACUCAGUUAUUUUUCGUCACUCACUUCACUCUAUUUAUUUCACUCUCACGAAAACUCACUCCCUCGCUACAUUUCUCUUCUUUCAUCUUUCAGAAAGAAAAAGAUAAGUAAUAAUUGCUUCUUUUAUUACGAUGAAAAUGACAAUAAUUUAUUUUUGUUUUGCAAUCUUGAUGAUGGUGGAAGUUGUUAGUUCAUCAAAGUUCGAUGAAUUAUUUCAGCCUAGCUGGGCUUUGGACCAUUUUACCUAUGAAGGAGAACUACUGAAGCUCAAACUUGAUAACUUUUCUGGAGCUGGGUUUCAAUCAAAGAGCAAAUACAUGUAUGGGACGGUGACUGUUCAAAUCAAGCUGAUUGAAGGCGACUCAGCAGGCACUGUCACUGCUUUUUAUAUGUCAUCAGAAGGUCCAACUCACAAUGAAUUUGACUUUGAAUUUCUGGGAAACACAACUGGAGAGCCAUACUCAAUUCAAACUAAUGUAUUUGUAAAUGGAGAGGGUAACAGAGAGCAAAGACUCAACCUUUGGUUUGAUCCUACCAAAGAUUUCCACAAAUACUCCUUGCUCUGGACUCCUCGCCAAGUUGUAUUUAUGGUGGAUGAGACUCCCAUACGUGAGCAUACAAACUUAGAGCAUAGAGGCAUUCCCUUUCCCAAGGACCAAGCAAUGGGAGUUUACAGUUCAAUAUGGAAUGCAGAUGAUUGGGCCACUCAAGGGGGUAGGGUAAAGACUGACUGGUCUCAUGCCCCUUUUGUUGCUUCUUAUAAAGGAUUCGAAAUUGAUGCAUGUGAGUGCCCGGUGUCUACAGCGACGGCUGCCGAUAACAUGAAGAGGUGUGGCAGCGCAUUGCCUACCAUGUCCGAGCUUAGCUUACACCAGAACCACCAACUUAUGUGGGUUCGGGCUAAUCAUUUGGUUUAUGACUAUUGUACCGACACUUCUCGUUUUCCGACUAUUCCGGCUGAAUGUGUGCACCACCGCCAUUAGUGUUUACACUUAUCAGAUAGGAGGAAAUGUAGAAAAAUGGAAGCAUCAGAUUUGGAAGCAUCGGAAGGGAAGGGAGGGGAACUAAGUUGGGUGUCACUAUUUAUGUCCUGAAAAUUAUGAUGGCUUGGUUAAUAACAUUGUAUAAAAAGAAAAUGGAAAAAAAGCCUUGAAUGUUUGAUAUGUAAAAUCAUGUAUAAAAAAGUUAUUUUAUUUUAA